AUGCUGGGCCUUCAGAAGACGCCCCUCACUGUGGCUUUGUGCCUGCUGCUUUUUGCCACACUUCUACCCAGCUCAGAGGCCCGUCGUGGAGGAGGUGGCUUUGGCCGAGGUGGCUUUGGCGGAGGUAGAGGAGGCUCCAGCCGGGGCUGGGGCGGUGGUGGCGGCGGCCAUGCCUACAGACCCGUGCAGAGCAGUGGUCCCAGUGCAGGGAAAGUAGCCGGGGCGGCUGCAGUAGGUGCCCUUGGAGGAUCAAUGCUGGGAUCUGCUUUGAGCCGCCCUGGGUACGGGUAUGGAGGAGGGUAUGGAGGAGGAUAUGGAGGAGGAUAUGGUGGAUAUGGAGGAGGGUAUGGAGGAGGGUUUGGAUACCCACGAUACGGAGGUGGUGGUGGCUCCAGGUCUGGCUAUGAUUCUGAGGGCUCUGGAGAUAUGGAGUACUACGUUGGAGCAUCUAGUGGCCCCAUCUACAACAGCAUCAUCGUUGUGAUUGGCUCCCUGACGUCCCUGCUGAUGGGCCACUGGGUGGCAGUCAUGUAG